CUGGAGCCGCAAGACUUGGGAGGGAAAGUAGAUACUUUCGUUCAGCGAAGGCAUAAAGAAAAGAUGGUCGGAUUUAUAAUCUGUUUUGGAGAAAUAUAGUUUAUAAAGACAGGUAGGGUAGGCUACUUAUAAACACAUUUAUUUUUGUAUCUCGCGUAAAGUAAUAAGACGUUGGUUAUAACCUAAGAUAUAUCUUGGUGAGGUUUGAUUUUGGCAUCAUUCAAUUCAACUCUUGAUAACUUCAUGGCUUUGAUAGAAACUGAUACUGAUGGUAGCUGCAAAUUGAACGGGCCGUCGACAAUUUACGGUAGGAUUGGCACAAGAAGACAAGGCAAGACCGGCAUAACCGGUCAAAUGCAGCCCAAAGACACGGAAUAUUCAACAGAUGGGUUACCCAACGCAUUCUUACACAGUCUGAGGACACUCUUUGACAUCCUUGAUGAUGGGAAGAGAGGAUAUGUGCACAUAUCGGAGAUUGAGAGUAGAUGGCAAGGGGCAGAUACUCAUGAUUUGUCCGGCGGGGUUCUGGAGUGUCUGAGGCUGGUGGCCCCACCUCAUGGCUGCCUGACAUUUGAGCGCUUCGUGGCGGGGCUGCGAUACUCCAUGCCGAACGCGGACAACAACAACCACAUAAAGGCUCAGGUUUCCCUGCACCCGAAACAAGCACUUCUGAACUCUAAACGGCACCAUAUGCCAGCGCAAAAACCUGCCCCGCUCUCUACCUGCUCUGUCGGAACUCUGAUUGAAAACAAAGUUCGCCCACUGGGUCCAAGCAAUGGGACAAAUACGCAUCACAAACGCGCGUCCUCACUUCAGAGUCGGUCCAGACAUAAUGAGGGGAAAACUGGACACCCACCAGUCACCUCGGUCGUAGGGGGUCCCAUGCGUUACACCAAUACGGGUUAUGAGAGAACAGGCAGAAGUUUGGAACGGAUAACCAUUGUGCCCGAAAGCGGUUCAUAUCGAGCGGAUUCGGUUCGGAUGGGGAAGCAGACGCAUCCUCAGAAGAGUCGGUUGAGGUCCACAGAGUCCCUUGCUCUCGAGUCGUCACGUCUCCAAAAACCAAGUAUUGUGGAGGCUGGGUUACCGAGGUCCCAGAGUGAGUCAGCCACGGGAUUCACUGUCUCCAGACGCCAUGGGCGGAGCCGAGAUGAGCAGAGACGCCACACCAUCACCAACGGGGUGGAUUAUGGAAUGCUGAAGCAGAUGAAGGAGUUGGAGCAGGAGAAGGACUCUCUGCUGGCCGGUCUGGGCGUGGUGGAGCGGGCUAGAGAGUGGUACCAGACUCAGAUCCACAACGUCACCGAGAGACAGAGACACGUGGGCCAAAGCAACCACUGCACGGAUUCCUUCGCAGAAUCCCAGAAUCAAAGUCACAGGAAUGUUCUGCUUCCCAAGCUGCAGGAAGUCAACCGUUGCCUUAAUGACCUAAUUUCCUGCUCUGGAGUGCAGUCUUUCCCAUCCUCCAGCUCUCAGCCCACAGUGAUCUCCAGCUCCCAGCCUCCUGCCCCCCCACAAGCCAUUCAGAGACUAAAGGACCAGAACCGCCUUCUCACCCAGGAGGUGACAGAUAAGGGUAAGCGCAUCACUCAGCUGGAGCAGGAGAAGUCUGCUCUGAUCAAACAGCUGUUUGAGGCUCGCGCCCGGAGCACGCAUGACAGCAGCACCAUGGACUCCACCUUCAUCUGAAUACCGUCACCAUAAUACAACCACACUGGGCUCCAGCUCUAUCUGAAUACCGUCACCAUAAUACAACCACACUGGGCUCCAGCUCUAUCUGAAUACCGUCACCAUAAUACAACCACACUGGGCUCCACCUCUAUCUGACCCUCCCCCAGUCACAACAAGACAACUGUAUCACUCCUACUGGAUUCCACACUCAACUCACCACUUCUGUCAUGAUGAAAGCACCUUGAACUUUUUACCCCGCAUUGUACCACUCCCUUUGGAUCUCCCCAACUGACCACUCCACUUAAAAUGGCCUGCACACUAAUCUGGGCCGGCCACUCCUUGAGGGGAGGGACCCCCGAGUCAACCCUCCUAUAAUACAGUCAGCCUCACCCACUGGGCAAAAAUCCAGGAACACCACAGUCUUACCACUCCUAAUUGGGGCCUUCCCAGGAUUCCACUCCCACUUGAUCACUUCAAGGAUCUACUGUGAUGCACUAGGAUCCUACCUUAUUGGACCGGCCUUUAUGUUUACCCUCCCUCUCAUCACAGUAUAUCCUAUGUGAUUGGACAUCAUGGACUACAUUUAAAACCGCGACAGGGAGCUACAGGAUCCAUCCCUGCCAAUCACCAUGACAACAGCUGCUGUACAAAAUACAUUUGUUAGAGGGACUUCCGGACCAAUACACACACCACACUAAAAAUGUAGAUUUUUUUUAAAUUAAAAAGUUGAUGUGCUGUGAUCUACCAUUCCAAUACAAUGUUGUUAACCAUUUAAUCCAGAGACUUUGAUCCCGGUCACACAUUGGUCGAUAUUUCUCCCCUUCUAUUCCAAUACACCCAGUUGAGUACCUCAAACCUUCAUGGAAAUGGUUGAUAUGAUGAGAAGCUGAGCUCUCCUGACCUGGAGGGCACAGUGACUGUGCAGCAUCUCAUUUAUGUCUCUCUAUGUGCCCUUUAAGUGAUGCACCAGUAUAUAUAGCCUAUUGCCCACCAUUUUAGAAGCAGAGCAGCGUGUAAAUGUCACAUUUUGUUUCCCUUAAAGUGAAUGUAUAUUGAGAACACCAAAAGGUCCUACGAGCCAAGGGGAUCGAGUAGUGGAGAGGGUAAGAGAUAGGUUUGCACGUAGAAGAGACUUGAAGAUGAGAAGGAAUGGUAUAUAUUGAAUGUGCAUUGAGCCCUGGUCCUCAGCGGCAGUGUGACCACUGGAGCAGCGUGUGGCUCAGAGAAGAGGGCUGUCGUGUUGGCUAGUGGAUUUAAAGUGACUCCUUGGUUAAUAGGCCUCUAAUGUAAUGAUUCAUGCAAGACUGGUUUUAUCGUGCCACUUCUCCUCUGUGGUGUCCUGGAGCCUUUGUGUAAAAAAAAAAAAAAAAAGAAUGUGUGAUCCCACUUUCUGUUCGUCCUGUACUAACAUGGUAUGUGAGACUUGGUUCCCUGAGAGGUGAACACCAAGCACAGGUGCAACCGCUCUUUACUGCUGUUCUUCAUAAUGGUCCCACUAAUCCAGGAUAAUAAACCACAUGGUCGACAGGGGCCGCUCAGUCUUGAACCCCCCUUUUUAACUGAUAAUUUUUAUUUUUUAUUUUUAGUGGCUGUAGAUUGCUAUGUAACGCAGCUAUGUGAUGAUGUUGCAGUGCAACUUGUAUUAGGUACUGUCGUGAUGUCUGCAUACCAAUACUCUGCUGUGACUGACUGCCUGUGACUGACUGCUGUGACUGACUGCCUGUCUGUCUCUCCUGUUUGAUUGUAUGUCUUUGGUCUCGUUAUUAUCUCGCUGCACAUGAGUAUAUGAGUGAAUGCCACCCUAUCAUUUCCUAUUUCAAUUAGUUGACUUGAUUUAGAAAGCAGUCACCUCUAUGCAGGUGGAUGUUAUGGGUCAGGAUGUUGACUGAACAGCUUUUGGGUGCAGGGUGCCUCCAAGUCGUGUUUUUCAACCAGAAUCUUAUAAACUCUGGGUUGCAGACCAAGUAGGUUAAUUGACAUUUAUGAACAUUGAUAACGAAAUUCUCAUAACAGCAUGGCACAGUUGGGAGCUUAUAAAGUACGUAGGACCUGUUCUAUUACCUCUAAAACAACCUCUUUUCCAGUAUAGCAGAUAUUUAGAAAGUGUAGGAAAAUAUAAAUAAUUCUUACUUUGGUUAAAAAAGGUUUAUACAGACAGCAGACACGGCAAAUAUUUCACAUUUAGAUUCAUAUUUGAUUUGUUGUUGUCAGCAAACAUGAAUUCAAUUUAAAAAUCAACCAAACAGUAAAACCCUCUUGUUGAUUUGUGGUUGAAACCAGUGUUGAAUUUAAACCAUUUCUGCAACAUCAAUCAAAGAGCCAUAUUUGACGCGGUGUUUACGUUGUGGGGAACAACAAUGUGUGGGGUGUCUAUGGAAAAAUGUUGCAUCUUAUUAAAACUGUUGACACACAAACGUCUUAAUGAGAAAGUGUGUAAGAGGACAGGUAUUCGAGGACGUGUAGCUUUGUCUUGAACCAGGCUUCCCUAAAACAGGUGUGACAACGUGAUUUUGGAGGUAUUGCAACGCGGGACUAGAUGGCGGGUAGUAGUGCUCAUGUGUGGAGAGAAAGAAGACUGUCUUGUUUAUCUGGAUAGAAUUACUGAUACAUUUGCAUCUGAUACUCGCUCUUCCUCUUCUUUUUUUAAACUCUUUUUGUCGGUGGCUGCCAGUAAAUAGCACCAUUAAAUAAUCACACACAUAUAAUAGCGCUUAACUAGUUGACUGUUUUUUUUCUCCAAUUUGUUCUUUCUGAUCAAAUAAAAAAGCAACCCGCGCCAAGUUGAUGGACAGGUUGAAAUGAAUAACCUUUGAUUGAGUGUGUUAUUGUAAAGAUGGAUGGACAGAGUGUAACUGACCAGAGAUGGUAAAUGAUCUGUGCAACAAUGAGAAAUAUUACCCAUGUAUCUCUUCCAGACUACUAGAAGCUACAUAGUCUAUUCUCAGAUAGAGAUCUUUGUGUCUUCCGUUGAGAGAUAAUAUAACUGGCAUUAGGCUUCUCUGACAGAUCAAUGAUUGCCAUUGUAUUUAAUUAGGUGGACAAUGCCUCACAGAUAACCGUCAGACUAGGAAAUGCCCUAGUACGUUAUCACAGUAUGACAUAAUUCAUCCAAUAUUCAAUUUGGAUUAUAUUAGUUAAGAUCCAACGGAGAAGAUUUUAAUAAGUAAUAUAAUUAUGUUUGGCCUGAACAUACAUCUUAGACUUUAUUGGGAUUGGUAUAAUGACUAUGCCUUUCAAAUGUUUUAGAAAUGGUGAGACUGUGGGGUUUAUUCAUGAGACAUUAGGAUGUGACCAUUGAGCAAGUUGAGGAAGCUAAACUCCUAGGUAUAACAUUGGAUGGUCAAUUAUCAUGGUCAAGUCAUAUUGACAGAGUUGUUGUGAAGAUGGGGAGGGGUCUGGCUGUUAUAAAAAAAUAUAUGCUCUGUGGGUUUUUUUUACACAAAAAUCAACUGUACUAGUUGUUCAGGCUCUGGUCUUGUCCCAUCUUGAUCACAACCCGGAAUAUGUGAAGCAAAGAAAGACCUAGCAAAGUCGCAGCUUGUCCUUCAACUGCACAUGCAGAACUAUCAUCAACGACAUGCAUGCCAGUCCUUCCUGGUUGAGAGUUGACGAGAGAUGAACUGCUUCUCUUCUAGUUUUUAUGAGAAAUAUUACUGUGAUGAAAAUUCCAAAUAACAUUCAGCUCAGACACCCAUACAUACCCCACAAGACAUGUCACCAGGGGUGUCUUCAGUCCCCAAAAACAAAUUCACGGCAACGCACAGUAUUAAACAGAGCCAUGAUCACAUUGAACUCCCUUCCAUCUUCUAUUACUUAAGCAAAAGCCAAAUUACCUUUGAAAGUGUAUAAAACAACAUCUCAUGGCACAAGAGGGACUGUGAAAUGACAAACACACGCACACCCAGACACACUAUCACACGUUAUUCUUUAGUUGUAUUGCUUGUAUAUCAUUGUAUUUUAAAGUUGUGUGACUGUUCCUGUC